UUCGCUUCUUCCGCUUCCGCCCCUUUCUUCGUCUCCUGCCUCCGCAGCCAUGGCGGCCUUCGAGCAGAUGCGGGCGAGCGUCGGGAAGCUGCUGAAGGGCAUCGACAGAUACAACCCAGAAAAUCUUGUCACUCUGCAGCACUAUGUGGAGACCCAGGCCAAAGAGAACGCCUAUGACUUGGAGGCCAAUCUGGCUGUGCUCAAACUGUAUCAGUUUAAUCCUAACUUAUUCCAAGUCUCGGUGACUGCCCAGAUCCUCCUCAAGGCACUGACCAACCUUCCUCACACCGACUUCACACUCUGCAAGUGCAUGAUUGACCAGGCUCGCCAAGAAGAGUCUCCGAUCCGUCAGAUCUUAUACCUGGGGGAAUUGUUGGAGAACUGUCAUUUUCAGUCUUUCUGGCAAGCUCUGGAUAAAAACAUGAAACUGCUAGAUGGGAUCGUUGGAUUUGAAGAUUCGGUUAGGAAAUUCAUUUGCCAUGUAGUUGGAAUCACAUACCAGCACAUAGACCGGUGGCUUCUGGCCAAAAUGUUGGGCGAUCUAACAGAUAAUCAGCUGAAGUCUUGGAUGAGCAAAUAUGGCUGGGUAGAAACAGAGCCUGGGACAAUAUUCAUUUGCAACCAGGAAGAGAACAUCAAGCCUAAAAACAUCGUGGAGAAAAUAGACUUUGACAGUGUGUCCAGUAUCAUGGCGUCUUCCCAGUAACACCCACCCCCGGCGUUCUCCUUACCCACCGUGCGAAUUUCAGCCCCAUUUUUUUUUAAGGGCGUUUAUUAAAACCAAUAAAUAAGUGAUUUGCCAGUAGUAAGCACA